AUGCCUAAAGGUAGUAAGAGCGCAAGCGCCCCUCUGCUAACACCGCGGCCUGGUGCUACCUCCGCAUCCCCGCCCCCGAGUGGACCAUCAGGGCCGUGGCCUGCACUUGGCGAGCCACUAGCCGAAUCUGAUGCUAACACCAUCAAGACGGAUAUACUUUCUGCUCUUCGUGAGGAAAUCAAGACUAUGUUUAAGUCCGAACUACAUGCAGCUCUUGGGGAAAACCUUACGUCGAUUAAGUCGGAAUUGCUUCAUUUCAAGGCAGAAAUUUCGUCUAACAUUACUACGAUGAAGCAAGAGUUUGCGGGGCUAAGGGGCACUAUUGUGGACAUGGAACAGUCGCUUUCCGCGUGCACAGAUGACAUCACCAUUCUUCGCUCCCAGGUGGAAAACAUGGCUAAAGAAAUUGUCAAGUUGGAGAACAAAUGCGAGGACUUGGAAUCACGAUCGCGUAGGAACAAUAUUCGCAUUAUAGGGGUCUCCGAGUGA